ACUCUGGCCCCACCCCACCAGUAAUGACAAAGCCUCACAGAUGGAGGAGACUGAACUGAGUUCUCCGUUUAAGUGUGGGAUCGUGCUUCACUGUGGGGCCAAGGACCCUGAUGCUGCCUGUGUGGAGGGGCCAGCUUGGUCCGGGUGUGGAGACCCCCCCCUCCACAGUCUUUGCACCGGAGAUGUGGGGCCCUGGGCCCUGGCAUUCUGGCGAUGGCUUCACGUGAGCUUCCCGGACACUCUGCCUGCAGCCUGCCAGUAUCUGGUGCAGAGACUCCAGGAUGAGGGGCCCCGGCAUGGCCUGGAACUUGCCUUCGUCUGGAACCGGGACGUGGGGAAGCUGCAGGGGAAGGUGCCGGUUUCCCUCCAGCUGCAAGACCUGGGCCGGUUCCCCGAGCGCGAGGUGGAUCUGGUGGUCGAAGUGGCUCAUCCCUGCGUGGUCCGGGACCACGGCGCCUCCUUUCUGUCCGGGGCAGACUUCAUGGUGGGUUCCCCCACGGCCCUGGCUGACCAGGCCACGGAGAUGCGGCUGCGGGAAGCUGCCCGGCGUGGGGGGCACACGCUGUACGUGCCCCGGGGGGCGCUGUGGGGCGGCGAGGACAUCCAGCGGAUGGAUGACAGGGGCGUGCUGCAGGGCCUGAAGGUGACCAUGAUCAAGCACCCGGACAGCUUCCGGCUGGAGGGGGCGCUAAGGCAGCGGCUGGGGGCUGAGCGGGCCGUGCUGUACGAGGGGCCCGUGCGGGGUCUCUGCCCCCUGGCCCCCAACAAUGUUAACACCAUGGCGGCCGCUUGCAUGGCCGCCCCCAGCCUGGGCUUCGACGGGGUCCAGGGGUGCCUCAUUGCUGACCCCGGCCUCCCUGACUGGCAUGUGGUGGAGGUGGAGGUGACUGGCCCGUCCGGCGAGCGCAGGGACCAGGCCUUCACGGUCACCACCAGCCGCAGGAACCCAGCCUCCCCCGGAGCUGUCACCGGCGCGGCUACCUUCCCUUCUUUCUGGAGCAGCCUGCUGGAGACUGAUGUCGGCUGUUGCUUUUGGGUUAUGAUGGGAACGGUACAGUAGAACCUCAGCGUUAUGAACACCCGCGUGAUGAACUGACCGGUCAACAACACCUAGGGUGACCAGACAGCAAGUGUGAAAAAUUGGGACGGGGUGGGGGGUAAAAGGAGUCUAUAUAAGAGAGAGACCCCAAAAUCCGGACUGUCCCUAUAAAAUCGGGACAUCUGGUCACCCUAACCACACCCCAUCUUGUAAACCGGACGUACGCAGUCAUGCAACAGCCGCAGAGACAAACCCACAAAGCCAGUACAGUCUUGUGUUCAAUGUAAACGACGACAAAAAAUAAACGGAAAGUUUAAAAAAAAAAGAAAGAUUUGACGAGGCGAGGAAACUGUUUCUGGGCUUGUUUCAUUUAAAUGAACAGGGUUAAAAGCAGCCUUUUUUCCUUCUGCAGAGGAAAGUUUCAAAGCACUAGGUCGUCAAUGGUCAGCGGUAAACUUUGGCAAGAAGCACCUGUACAGAGUUACGGCCAUUUCAG